GUUUCUACUGGUUGCUUUCUGGGGAUAAUAGUCGCUGAAGGUGUCCACUGGUUACUUCAGAUACUACAAAAGUUGCACAGCCAGAUCCAGGCGUUCCCAUCCUCCAAGAGUAUGCAAGAAUAGACUUUGUUUGCAGGGAGGAGGCCACACAACCUUCUUGGCUCAAACUCUGUUGAAACUGUGUUGAAACUCGUCCUUCCCAGUUCCUCUUCUCGAAUGUUUGCUUCCAUAGUCUUCUCCUCCAGGCUUCUGGUGUCUUCUGUUCACCACUAAGAUGACUACCUGUUGUUACUGCACUGCCCGGAUUUUUCUUUCUAAGGUCCAGUUCCUCCCUUCGAGGAAGACCUUGCAUUUUUUAAGAAACUGGGGUAGAAAGUCUGUUGGUGCCUCUUCCAGCAGUGCGCUCCAAAAGUGGUUCAGGGGAAAAGGCCUGGUAAAGCUAACUUUACUGUCCUGGGGAACUGGAGGGUUUCCACAGAGUGUGAGUUGUGAGAAAUUAUCAAGUCUUCACCCACAAAGAAAAGCCCACCUUGACAAUGCUGCUUUCCUCUGGCAUGUUAGGCUCUUCUUUUCCAUUGUGAUCCGAGCCUUUGUGCUGCUGCUAAAGUUUGGGCCUUUUCUUUGGCUCUACCCCAUCACCUACGUCUCUCCGAGUUUUGCCUCGCUCUGGGUCCAUCUUCUGCUAAAAGUGACGGAGUCAUCUGGGCCCACGUUCAUCAAGCUGGGGCAAUGGGCAAGCACCAGGCGAGAUCUUUUUUCGGAAGACUUCUGUCUCAAGUUCUCCAAGCUGCACAUCAAGGUGACCCCUCACUCUUGGGAUUACACCAAGCAAUCUCUGAGGAUGGCAUUCGGGGACAGCUGGGAGAAAGUCUUCACCUUUGAAAGCCAUGAACCUGUUGGGUCUGGUUGCGUUGCCCAGGUAUACAAAGCUUAUGUGGAUAUCUCUGCCCUUGGAGAACCAGCACUGAAAGAUCUCUCAAAGGGCUCUGGGUUCAGUUCUGCCUUGGAAUCUUGGCAAGUCUUUGGUUUAAGUGGACUCUUCAGGUGGCUUUGGAAGAGGAAGCAUGAAGAUCUUCCAGAAGGUUAUGGUGACCAUGGAUUGCAUUACAAAGACGGUGUCAGUGGAAGAGUACAUUGGGAUUCAAGUUCUGGAUAUCCAAGUGCAUCAUUAUCCUAUCCCAAGAAAGAUCGACUAAUUCCAGUGGCCGUUAAGGUGCUGCACCCUGGUUUAGUUCAACAAGUCCAAAUGGAUCUGUUCCUAAUGAAGACAGGCAGUCGGUUCAUUGAGCUUCUCCCAGGUGUGAAGUGGCUGAGCCUGACAGAGAUUGUGGAGGUGUUUGAGAAACUCAUGAUUCAGCAGAUCGACUUACGGUAUGAAGCAAGGAACCUGGAACGCUUCCGCUUCAACUUCCGAGAUGUGGAUUAUGUAAAGUUCCCAAUUCCGCUCCACACUUUCGUGACGAGAAAUAUACUUGUAGAAACCUUUGAGGAGAGCAAGCCCAUAUCUCAGUAUUUGCACACCAAGGGCACAAUGGACCUGCAGAGGAAGUUAGCCAAGAUGGGUAUGGACAUGCUUCUAAAAAUGGUGUUUGUGGAUAAUUUUGUACAUGCUGAUAUGCACCCUGGAAAUAUCCUGGUCCAGGGAACAGAGCGCUUCCAUAACCACCUUGAGGACCAGACAGCCAUUGUGGAUCUGUUGGACACAUUCAUUUUGGAAGUGCAGCCUUCUCCUUCGCCACUCCGACUGGUGCUUCUGGAUGCAGGAAUCAUAGCUGAGUUGCAGGCAGCCGACCUUGAGAAUUUCCGUGCAGUUUUCACGGCUGUGGUUUUAGGACAGGGGGAAAGAGUGGCAGAGUUGAUUCUUCAUCACUCCAGAGCUAACCAAUGCAAGGAUGUGGAGAGAUUCAAAGCUGACAUGGCAGAGUUAGUGACAGAAGCCAGGAGCAACACUAUAGCACUUGGAAAGCUCCAAGUUGCACACUUGCUGUCCAGUGUUUUCAAACUAUUGAUGACCCAUCAGGUAAAACUGGAGAGCAACUUUGCUUCAGUUGUCUUUGCCAUCAUGAUUUUGGAAGGCCUUGGCCGCUCCCUGGAUCCUGAACUGGAUAUCCUGAAGGCAGCUAAACCUCUUCUUAUCAAACCAUCAAGUUCUCCUCUGCAGUCGCAAUAGAGAGGUAUAAGGUUUGGUGGUGCCCUGGAGUAAACAUUUGGGACUAUAAAUUGGAAAAGAUAUUUUGUUAGACCAAAGCUUCACUUGCCAUGCUCAUUGUAGGAUUCUGGGAGCUGGACUCUAAAAGAGUAACACUUCCAAAGUACCAGUACCCUUAUCAAUGAUGCCUCCUCCCCAAAGGGAGCAUCUAAUCAGUUGAGCUUACUACUAGUCUCACACUUGGAGAAAUAUUUUAAAUUAAAACAGUGUGCAUCUUAAAACAGUGUGCAUCUAGCUCCUGCCUUGGCUAGUUCACGCUAGGCUCUCUAUACUGCAGCAUUCUUUUUUCCCACUUCCAUCCCCAACUGUAGAGCCUUUGGCAGUAGGUGCUGCUCAGGUUAACCUCUUUAGACCUGAAUGUUAUUUGAACCUGAGAACAUAUGACUUGGCUGAGAACCACUGUUCUGCUUACUUAUCUCAUGAGGGAACAGUGCUCAAGAGCUCAAAUGUUUCCACUUGGAUUCUGUAAUAGAUCUUUAAUCCUUUAGGGUGGGGGAGAGGACCCUUCAGACUGUGGGCUUAAUCUAGACUCCUGAGGGACACUUCUGCCCAUGGCCUUCUCCAAGGAUGCUUCUCACCUUGCUCUGUCUUCUAAGCAGCAAUAGAGGUAAUGUUAUCUCUGAUGAGAGACUGGAGAUGAUAGCAGGGACUGCCCCACCUAAAGCAACACCUGCCAGUAGAUUGAAGAUAACAGUGGGAAGUUUUGUUUAUCCCACACUGCUGAAUGGUUAGGAAAAAGCACAGGGAGGGAAAAGCUUCCUGCAGCCCAUGCUGGAGUGCAUAUGCAGCAAGGCACCGCAACUCUGGAGCUGGUUAUGUUGUGGUGUUGUCAUGCUUCCGAAUGUGGCUUCAGUGAGGAUUGUAUCUAGCUAUAUAUCUAGCUCUAACUAGUUCCCCACCCCUGACUACAGAAUACUAUUAUUCUGCAUGCCAAAGGAAUACUUUCAGCACCAAGAACUAUACUGGCAGCGUACUUUGAUACAACUGAGAAUUAGGAGGUAUUGGUCAAGAUCCUACAUGACUGCAGGUAGAGUAAAAAGUUCCACAUGUGUUGCCAGUCUCAGGGUUUAACAUAUUACUAUGAUAGCCACCCCACUCCCAUUGCUGAUAGGGAAUCAGAGAAGCAUCUGACUUUUUUUCCAUAGCAGGAGACAAAUUGAGACAUCGUCCACAGACAUCCACUGGAGUCUCCUUGAGGGUUUAACCAAUAUAAUGACAUCGGCCUGCCUCUGGCUAUGGGGACAUAGUCAGAUGCUUCUCUGAUUCCCUCUACUCUCUACCAACAACAGAAUGGAGGCAGCUACUGCACUGACACAAUGAGAUUUGAGGGGGCUUUGGUCAUUGGGGAGGGAGGGAGGGAAUACUAACCUUUGUCUCAACCAAAAAAUGUAUACACAAGUGUAACUUACAUUUGCAUAGGAUGCUGCCCUGAAUGUGUUGGGAUUUCUAAGAAAUCCGUUUUAGAAAGGUGACUCUUCCAAACAGCUGGAAUAAAUGAAGAGCCUGCCUGCUGCAAUCAGUGUCAGAGAAAUCAUGCUAUAUUCAGCAUUUUCCUUGCUCCGUUAUAAGGAAACAUAUAAGGGCAAGGGGCAGAUUCUAUGUCAAACUAUCAGUUUUCAUAUUGAAAAGCAAACAAUAUUAAUUUCCUAUUUGUGUAGUGCAUUACAAGAAACUCAACUGAAAUCAAUCAUCCAUGUUUUGUUUUGUUUUAUUUUUUUAAAGCUCUCAGCCAUUUUCUGUGCAGCUGGCUUGUUAGCCCUACCAUGCUGAAUGAGGACUUUACAAGGGAAAAAGAAAAUAUGUUUCCAACCUCUAAUCUAAAAAGCAUUUGCAAUAUGACUUACUUAAUCUUCUAAAUUGCACUGUGUUGUUGGUGACCAAAGUAUUUGGGUUGUUUUUUUUUGGUUUUUUUAAUUGAUGAGUGUCUAAAUGUAACCAUUGCUAGUAGAAAAAUUGGAAUUAAU